GCAUCUGAGUCUGAGUAUCUCUCACUCAGUUCGUGCCGAGCAUGGCAAUGGGCAAUUGACGCUUCAUUUUCUCGGUGGUUAAGAGAAGCGUGAUUGUUUAUUUUGUUUUGUUUUGUUUUUUUAAAUUUCAUUAUCAAUAAUUAACCAGUUGUUAAUAAAUUACUUCUGUUAAUUAAACAAGUGAGUAAUAUUUAAAUAAUUAUAUAUUUAUAAACAACAAAACUCGCCGGAGUAAUGCAACGAAUUUAUUAUUGUUGUUAUCCAAUGACAGUGUUGUUCACUAUUUAUAUUAAUGUGACAUUUAUAAGUAAUAUAUGAUUUUAUCACAGAAGAAUAUUGUUUAUAAAAUAAGUUAUCACUAAAGGAUAAUAAUUAACAAGAAAAAGCAAAUGCCUGUCAUAGAAAUGUAUGUGAAAAACGCAGAUGCCUUACGGGUUUAGAAUGGCUCUGGGGAAAUUCUGGGGCGCCCUCGCUGCCUACAUCAUCUUGUGCACUUUCGCUGUGUCUUCAAUUUUUGGGUCUCCACUGCUGCUGUUUGCUACGCGGAAAGACAUACGAGUUGCAAAUGUAUCGCGUAGCAACAAAGUUGGGCUGAUAGUGAAAGACCUGACCCAAGGAGCAGCGCUUGAUUUUUUUUGGGAGAGACGUCUCGUCUGCUGGUCUGACAGUGAGUUGGAGAUAAUCCAGUGCGUGAAGACAAAUGGUACCACUCCUGGUGAAAGGUUCACUGUAAUAAACUCAAAAUUAUUGAAGCCAGAUGGUUUGGCAUGUGAUUGGUACACCGGGAAACUUUAUUGGACCGACCUCCUGAAGAAAACGAUCGAGGUUACGAACAUCGAUGGCGAGCCGCAGCGCAAAGUUUUGUUUUGGACCGAAAUAUUUGAACCGCGCGCCAUUAUAUUGGUGCCGAUGAGAAGUCUUAUGUUCUGGACAGACUGGGGAGAUUCACCAAAGAUUGAGAAAGCAGCCAUGGACGGUGACCCUGACUCCCGAGAGACUAUUGUCCAUGAUGACAUUUUUUGGCCGAAUGCCCUGACUGCUGACUACGAAAACGAGUUGCUUUACUGGGCUGACGGCAGAUUAAAAUUCAUUGCCGUAGUUGAUUACUCGGGGAAAAAUAGAAGAACGAUAAUAAAAGAGGGCGUUGAUUAUCCUUACGCUAUUACGUUUUUUGACCAGAAAUUGUAUUGGACAGACUGGUCCACCUGGUGCAUUCAUUCACACGAUCUCCGAUCAACCGGCAGCCAGUCACAUCCCCGUGAAUUACUUCACGGUGAAUAUAUACCAGGUGACAUUGAAGUGUGGGACGCCAAAAGACAACCUUACGCUGAUAAUCCUUGCAGACACAACAAUGGAAACUGUUCCCACUUGUGUUUAUUGAGUCUAAAAGCUCCUGGUUACACUUGCGCUUGUCCUACAGGAAUAAAAUUGAUAAAUAAUUUAACCUGCGCCGAUCGCCCUGAAAAUUUGCUGCUGAUUGUUCAAAAGAAAGAAAUGUCGCGAUUAUCUUUGGACUCUCCAGAUUAUACUGAUGUCGUUUUGCCACUUACUGGUAUAAAAUGGGCAAUCGCAGUUGACUUUGAUCCAGUUGAUGAAAUGUUUUACUGGACAGAUCAAGGCGCCCAUGCAAUAAGAAGAGCGUAUUUAAAUGGGACAGGACAAGAAGAUUUAAUUACUAAAGAAAUAAUAAAUCCCGAAGGUAUUGCCAUUGAUUGGAUCGCCAGAAAUAUGUAUUGGACAGACUCAGAUAAAGACAGAAUUCAAGUGGCGAGAUUGAAUGGCACUAAUAGGAAAGUAUUAAUAAAUGAGGACUUGAUGAAUCCGAGAGCGAUUGCUGUUGCGCCACAACUCGGCUGGAUGUUCUGGACAGACUGGAGUGUAAAGAAACCUAAAAUCGAACGGAGUAAUCUCGAUGGUAGUGAAAGAAUGAUGAUUAUCACCAAAGGAAUUUCUUGGCCGAAUGGAAUAGCUUUGGAUCUUGACAGAAGAAAAGUUUAUUGGUGCGACGCCAAGACAGAUAAAAUCGAAGUGUGCAAUAUGGAUGGAACAGAAAGAAGAGAAAUAAUUACUGAUGAUCUUCCCCAUCUUUUUGGUUUAAGUAUUUUGGGAGAUUACUUGUACUGGACAGAUUGGCAGAAACGAAGCGUCGAACGCGCGCACAAGAUCACUGGAGCUAACAGAGAAAUUAUAAUGGAGCCGAUUCCAGAUAUUAUGGGGGUAAAAGCAUUCAAGUUGGGAAAAACUCAAGGGACAAAUCCGUGCGGUAGCAAUAAUGGCGGCUGCAGUCAUCUUUGUUUAAAUAGACCGGGAAAUAAUUAUAUCUGCGCGUGUCAAAUUGGUUAUGAACUAAAAAAAGACAAGAAAACUUGUGUGAUUCCUGAUGCUUUUCUUUUAUUCUCUCGUAAAGAUAAUAUUGGAAGAAUCAGCAUUGAGAAUGCAAACAACGAUAACAUUAUUCCUGUAACGGGCGUUAAAGAUGCUAGUGCUUUAGAUUUUGACAUAUCACAGAAUCGAAUUUAUUGGGCAGAUGUUAAAUUAAAAACCAUAUCACGUGCCUUUAUAAACGGCUCUGAAGCUGAAAAAGUUGUGGACCUUGGUCUUGAGUCACCGGAAGGUCUGGCAUUUGAUUGGAUAGCUCGUAAUCUUUACUGGAGCGAUACCAGUACUCAGAGAAUUGAACUAGUGCGAUUAGAAGACAAUAGCAGGAAGGUAUUGAUAUGGCAAGACUUGAUAGAGCCGCGUUGCUUGGCUCUGGAUCCACGGCACGGUCACAUGUACUGGAGUGAGUGGGGAAAGUCAGGGAGUAUUGAGAGAGCAAAUUUAGAUGGCUCUGAACGUCAAGUUGUUUUAUCGAGUAUCGGACGGACUCACGGACUGACAAUCGAUCACGAAUUAAGACGACUCUAUUGGGCGGAUCUCCUGACGCCUGCUAUCGUGGGUUACGAUCUCAAGACGUCAAAUCGUAAGUCAGUAAUUACACGAAAUAUCGUUUAUCCAUUCAGUCUUACUCAGCAUCUGGACUAUAUUUACUGGACAGACUGGAAUACUGGUAACGUUGAACGAGCAAAUAAAACAACUGGCGCCAAUCGUACUAAGAUUCACGAUAAACUCGAGUCAGUUACCAGUAUUCUUGUUUUUCAUGAAUCAAGACAAGCUGGCUCCAAUGGUUGCAAGAUAAAUAACGGAGGUUGUAGUCAUAUUUGUAUUGCGUUAUCAGAUACCGAUGGUAAUUUUUCACAUUCUCACAAGUGCACGUGUCCGACACAUUUUAAUUUAGGAUCUGACAAUAAGACUUGUAUUGCGCCGAGAAAUUUUAUGAUUUACAGCACGAGAAAUCUUAUGGGAAGAUAUUUACCAGACGCUGAUGACUGUCCGGAUGUUGUUAUGAAAAUUCAAGGUCUUAGAAAUAUUAAGUCAAUUGAUUUAGAUCCAAUCACGCAACAUAUUUAUUGGAUCGAUGGUCGGUCUAUGUCGAUACGUAAAACUCUGGAGAAUAAAACACAUGCAUCAGUGAUUAUCUCCGGAGGAAAUGGAUUUCACCCUUUUGAUCUGGCGCUUGAUCCCCUCGGGCGGCUGCUUUUUUGGUCCUGCACAACAAAUGACGCGAUAAAUGUCACGCGACUUGACAAUGGAUCGGCUCUGGGUGUUGUUGUGAAAGGGGAGGGUGAAAAACCGAGAAAUAUUGCAGUACAUCCUGAAAAACGUCUGCUUUUUUGGACAGACGUCGGAGAAAAAAUGAAAGUUAUUCAGAGUGCGAUGGAUGGUAAAGAUCGUAUUACAAUUGCUACAGAUUUAAACCAGCCGACAAGUUUAGCCAUUGAUACGAUAUCAGAUCUUAUUUUUUGGGCGCACGGACAUCAAAUAGAAGUUGCCGAGCUCGGUGGCAAUGGACGCCGGGUUUUGAUAUCUAUUGAUGAACUAGGAGCAAUAGCGUAUCUCGCUGUUUUCAAUGAAUAUAUCUACUGGUUCAACCGUGAAUCACAGAUAGUGGAACGUGUUAACUUCACGUCAGGACUGGAGAGACAAUCUGUGCUCAAUCGUUUAGUCACUGACUUUAUAACAGUAAGAACUCCAGAGGAUCAAGUCAUGGAAUCUCAUGUUUGCAGCCCGUUUCAAGAUUACGGAGGCUGCUCUCACUUUUGUAUAGGAACAGAAUCACCAGCAAAAUGUUCCUGUCCCCAGUACCUUGUUCUCUCUGAAGACAGAAGAGUUUGCAGUGCUGUGUCAGCUUGUCGAGCUGAUCAUUUCACAUGCGCUGAUUCCGGUUCGUCGAUUGCCAAUGAUUGUAUUCCAGUAACCUGGAAGUGCGACGGACAAACAGACUGUGCUGAUGGAAGUGAUGAAUUAGGAUGUCCUAGUUGCGCCCGUGAUCAAUUUAGAUGUCAAAGCGGACAGUGUAUUGAUAAUUCUUGGGUCUGUGACGGUAUCGUUCAAUGUCAAGACGGCGGUGAUGAAGCUCACUGCUGUCAACCGGGUCAAUUUCGCUGUACACUCACCUCAGUUUGUAUUGCCGGUAAUACGCUCUGUGAUGGAUGGGAUAAUUGCGCCGACGGUAGCGAUGAAUCACCAGCUGUCUGCUCGCCACCAAACAGACGUGACAUGGUCGGCUCUGCUGGAAUAGAAUCCGGUAAAAGCGCUUACAUAAUAGCUAUUCUUGUUGUUGUCGGAGUUGUCACAACUGCUGUACUAGGGUUUUAUUACUGUCGCAAAAAAUUGGCUGGAAGUGAAGAACUACCAGAUAUUCUACAUGAUUCUGCGGGUGAUCCAUUGUCACCAAAGCCCGGCAGAUCCGGCAAACCAACGCUGGUUCAAAAGAAUGGGUCAAAAGAUCACAAGAACGGUUUGAAAACUGUCAGAAUGUCAACAUUGACGGGGAGUAUUGGCUCGAGCUACGAUCGAAGUCACAUAACAGGUGCAUCGAGUUCAACUAGAGGAAGUUCUGGUGGAGUUUAUCCACAAGAGACUUUAAAUCCUCCACCGAGUCCUGCUACAACAGCCAAUUCUACAAGAUGUUCAAGCAGCAAUGCGUCACGGUACCGUCCUUACAGACAUUAUCGCAGUAUAAAUCAACCACCCCCACCAACACCCUGCAGCACGGACGUCUGUGAUGAGUCUGACUGUAAUUAUCCAACGCGAUAUAGGUAUGAAAGUGAGCCAUUUCCACCACCACCCACACCUAGAUCUGUGUAUCACAGUGACGCUGGUAUCAGCUGUCCUCCGUCGCCUAGCUCAAGGUCCUCGACUUACUUCAGUCCUCUACCACCUCCUCCCUCACCUGUACCAUAAAUGAUCAAAUAAUUUGGUGCUUCCAUUCGUAGCUCUAGGCUAAUAUUUAAGACGAUAACAAAAAAUUACGAGCUUCAUAUCAAUUUAAAGUAUAUUAGAUGUGAUAAUUUACAUCACUUGGUUAUUUAUAAAUUUUUAAAGUUACUUGUUUUUUUUUUUAACUUUAAUAUUUGAGAAAAAAAUUGUUUUUAGUAUUUAGAUUUCGAUGACGACGGUGCUAGAUAUUUUUAAAAAAUGCACGAGGGCAUUGAUCACAGCCACGUAAUUAAGUGCAAAUAUUUGUUUUAUAGUUUUUUUUUUUUACACAUGUACAAAGUUAAUGCCUCUGUGCCUGAAUAAAAAAAUUCGCGACCAAAACUUUGCAAAUAAAAAAGCAAAUUUGUCCAUGGUACUGUAAAUAUAAACGUAUAUGUAUAUAUAUAGUUACUAAUUACUAAGUAAAAAUAAUUAAAUUUUUUUUAAGUAUUUUAAUAAAUGAAUACCAUUGUAUAGAAUGGAGUAUUUGACGUUUAUAAAUUUAAAAAAAAAACGUAAUCGUGUUCUUAUAGAGCUCAAGUUUUUUUGUUUACAACAAAAGCCAUUAAUUAUUUUUUUUUAUCUAUACUCCGUUAAUUGUGAUACAAAGUAUGUCGUUUUAAUUUUUUUAAUUAUAAGAGAGAAUUUAGAUUUUAUCUUUUUUAUUUUACCUGACGUGGCAUCUGACCAAAGGCUGCUUCGAGUAAAUAUUAUUUUUAUUAAUAUAAAUAUUAACAAAUACAACGAUAAUUAUUUGAUUUAAUUAUUUUUAAGAAUUUAUAGUAAUUAAAAAAAGAAAUUUGUUUUCCUGUACAACGAAGUACAUGAACGUACAAAUGCACAUGAAAGUUUUCCAUUUAUAAAAAUAAAAUUCCUGAUAUUUAUUGUUACUUUAUGUACAGCAUAUAAAAUC